AUGGACGCCUCCUCCCUCCGCAUCUCCAAGUUCGAUGGAACUAACUUCCACGCCUGGAAGUUCAAGAUGCAGAUGGUGCUGGAGGAACGGGACCUAUGGGAGGUCGUCAGCGGUGAGAUCAAGGCGGAACAGUGCGAGACUCAGUUGGACCAAGCGACGUACAAGAGGAAGUCAAGAAAGGCGAUGGCAGUGAUCUGUCUAGCCAUGGAAGAUUCCCAGCUACCGUUGGUCCGGUCGGCAAGUGGUGCAUGCGACGCAUGGUCAAGGUUGGAAGACCACUUCGAGAAGAAGAGUCUUGCCAACAAGCUGUUCUUGCGCCGUCGCUUCUUCACGACAAUGAUGGAAGAAGGCGACGAUGUGCUCGAACACAUCAACAAGCUCAAGACGCUGGCGGAACAGCUAGAAGCGGUGGGGGGCUCCACUUUGGAGUCGCGCUCAGACACUCUUAGCUGGGAGCUCGUGACGUCUCGACUGCUUCAUGAAGAAAUGAAGCGGAAGGAGCAAGGAAGUAAAGGUGAUGAAGCUUCGCAAGGUCAAGCGUUCAUCACAAGGGACAAUCAGCGCAAAGGGCGACCAGUGAAGAAGUCCUGGCCGUGCCACAAUUGCGGAAAGAUUGGUCACUGGAUGGCGGAGUGUCCCUCGCGCAUCCAAGAAAACACGGAGAGACACCGGCCACAGCGUGCUCAAGACAGCGGCGACCGCUAUCGAUCACAACGUGCAAACGUCGCUCAAGAAGAAGACUCGGGCGACUACCUCUUUUCGAUCGGUGAAACGACAUCUGCGAAAUCGAGCGACAUCUGGCUGGUCGACUCCGGGGCGACGCAGCACAUGACGUGCUCCAAGAAGUUCAUGCGGAACUACAAGGGGUUUGACGCUGUGGAUGUCCAUCUCGCGGAUGAUGGAAUCGUCCAAGCAAUCGGCAGUGGGGACAUUGUCAUGUCGAUGAAGACACCCCAAGGGAUGAAGAAAGGUGUGCUCACAAACGUGUGGCACAUCCCAAAGUUAUCCAGAAACCUGUUCUCGGUCGGCCGCUUCACCAAGGAUGUCGGCCCAGUGACGUUCACGAAGGAUGGGUGCUAUGGAGAAGCGAAAGGGACCAAGUGGAAAAUUGGUGCCCGUGAAGGUAAAGGACUGUUCAAGCUGCAAAUGACUCCAGUGGCGCUGGAACAAGCAAAUGCAGCCAAGUCGUCGGGAUGUCAAGGGGGCACCAAGUCGUACCUCUGGCACCUUCGGCUUGGCCACAUAGGUCACGAUGGACUCAAUUGCAUCGUGACGAAGAACAUUGAAUUGGCAUCGACAUAUCUUCGGUGA